AUGGUCAUGCCGAAGACGUAUGUUGUUGGAUUCCUUGCUGUUUUGAAUUCAAGAGUAAGCUUGAGAGCUGUUUUGAGCUCUAAAGACGCUUCGAGUCAUAUUUGGAAGCAAAACACGCAUCAGCUUCGACAAAGACCAAUGAACGAAACGAUUAAAGUUACAACUGAGACUUAUAUCGAAGCUGAUAGCUAUGAUCCCAAAACUCGAGCUAUCGCUCGUCAAGUCGGGUUCUCCCAUGAUGAUACUAUAGCCGAGGAAGCUGAAUCAUUCGAUAAAGACGAGUAUGAGUAUACUCCAAAUACUUCUAGAACUGGUUUGACAUGGGAAGAAACGUUGAAAAACGGACCAGAGGUUUGA